UUCCCUGCCAUUCUGUCCUCUACAAUUACUCUUACCUCAAUCAGACCACUGAUGCACAGGUGUGCGGAAAAAAAUGUCGGCUUCCAGCAUUCUCCAUGUACCCUCCACUGAGUCCAGGAAUCCGUGACCCAGUGCGGAACGUUAAAUGGCCUCUCUGCUUUCCUGCGACAUGGCCCAUGGACAUGGACAUGAACAUGGUCAUGGUAAACUAAAACUUCCAGAUUAUAAACAAUGGAAGAUAGAAGGGACACCAUUAGAAACUGUCCAGGAGAAGCUGGCUGCACGAGGGCUAAGGGAUCCAUGGGGCCGCAAUGAAGCUUGGAGAUACAUGGGUGGCUUUGCAAACAAUGUUUCCUUUGUUGGUGCAUUAUUAAAAGGAUUCAAAUGGGGAUUUGCUGCAUUUGUGGUAGCUGUAGGGGCUGAAUAUUACCUGGAGUCCCAGAAAAAAGAGAAGAAGCAUCAUUGAAGAUAAUACCUGAAAGUAUCUUAAAGGCUUCUUAACUCUCCUAUAAAAAUAAGAUUUCUUCAAUGUAGCCUACUCAUCUGUGUGUUUUUCCCUAAAAAUACUAUUAAGAUUUAAUAAAGUAUGAAUACAUUU